ACACUGAUUGCAGAAGAAAAUUCAAUCAAUAAUGUACUGUACUUUGAAAUUAUCCCCUUUACACAGACGUGAUACACAUCACAUUUAUUAUUUUUAGCGAAUUCAUGCUUAAGAUUUGUGUUAUUUCAUGUGACCUUAACCGAGUAUUGACUACUUAAACCGCAUGUGCAGGAAACUUAUUUUCACUUUACCUGUAUAAAAAUGGGGAUGCCAAAACAGGCUUUUUUUAAAGGGAUUACAAAAUGGAAAAAUUUCCUUAUUGUGUUUAUAGUACCAAUUAUUCUUCUUCCUAUUGUAUUCCAUUUUGAAACAAAGCCAGCAAGAUGUGCAUACGGGGUAAUUGUGAUUGGAACAUACUGGGUGUUAGAAGUAAUGCCAUUGGCCGUCACAUCAUUACUGCCGGUUGUCUUGUUUCCUAUGCUUGGUGUUAUGCCGGUUCAGAAAAUUUGUCAAAGUUAUUUCAAGGAUACUUUGAUGUUAUUUUUGGGGAGUUUAGUAGUAGCUGUGGCUGUAGAGAAAUGGGAUUUACAUCGGCGUAUAGCACUUAGAGCAUUGACACUUGUAGGCCCUCAGCCUAGAUGGUUGAUGUUAGGUAUAAUGUUUCCAUGCUGGUUUCUGUCAAUGUGGAUGAGUAACACUGCUACAACAGCUAUGAUGGUACCAAUAUUAAACGCCAUACUGAAACAGAUCAAAGAAGCAAGAGAAACUGGGCCAAAUGCGAAAACGAACUCCUUCAAAUUGAAUCCUGAAAACAAAAGGAUGCUGGAAACUUCAUUUACUAACAAUGAAAACAUUGAAGAUAAUGCCCUGCAGGAAAAAGGUGCAAACGGUGAUACAAAUACGAUGGAAAUGCAAACAUUGACGAAGAAGGAUGUAGUAGAAAUAGAGGAAGAAGAUGGACCAAUCAAGUCAGAAGACAAAGAGUUUAUACAAUUAGCUAAAACAUUUUCCCUUUGUGUGGCAUUUUCCGCCAAUAUAGGAGGUGUGGCAACAUUAACAGGGACUCCACCAAAUAUUGUAUUUAAAGGAAUAGCUGAAGAUGAAUUUAAGAUCUAUGGCAUGGACUCCGGCAUUACCUUUGCCAAUUGGUUGGUGAUUGGUUUACCAUUAUCUAUUGUCUGUUUUAUCUUCCUAUGGGGCUGGAUGCAGUUCUAUUUUGAUGGCAAAAAAUGUUUUCCUUGUGUGGAGAGAGGAGAGGAAGGAUCGUACGACAACGUAAAGAAAUUUUUGCACACGGAGUACCUAAGUUUAGGAAGCAUGACAUUUGCAGAAAAGAUGGUACUUGGUGAUUUUGUUCUUUUGGCAGUUCUUUGGAUAACAAGAAAUCCGCAGUUCGUUCCCGGAUGGGGAGCAUUAUUCCCAACAAAGUAUAUCACUGAUUCAGUUCCUGCUAUUCUUAUGGCUGUAGUACUUUUUAUUCUUCCGUCACAACCUCCAGGAUUCCUGAGAAAUCAACAACUCAAUUGUACGAAAGCAACAUCACAAGGUUGUAGGUGUUGCGGCAGAAACCUAGAAGAGGACGAAGCAAUUAGUAACGAUGAAGUUGUUGUUGAGUUAGAUAAAGCUAAAAAGGAUGAGUACGUACCUUUACUGAAUUGGAGAAUAGUCCAUGAGAAACUGGCAUGGGGAGUUAUACUGCUCAUGGGUGGUGGCUUUGCUUUAGCCGAUGCAUGUAAGGCAUCAGGGUUGUCAAAUACCAUAGCUGAAUCUCUGUCGUUCUUGUCAGGUAUACCUCCAUGGGUCAGUGUACUUAUCUUGACAAUUAUAGUGGCCGCCAUCACCAACAUCACCAGUAAUGCAGCAACUACAACCAUUUUUGUUCCUAUUGUGUUCCAUUUAGCCAUUCAACUAGGAGUGCAUCCACUUUUUUUCAUGAUUCCCAUAACCCUGAGUGCUUCUUUUGCUUUUUUACUUCCGGUUGGUACACCACCUAAUGCAAUAGUAUUUUCAACUGGAUAUUUGACUAUUAAGGAUAUGGUGUUUGGAGGUGCUGUUGUGAAUAUUGUGACAGUUUUAAUCAUGAACCUUUGCUUCAAUGCUUACAUAAGCCCCUUCUUGGGGCUUUCAGUAUUUCCUGAAGAAUUACGCAAACAAAUUGACAAUGGGACACUGCCUGUUAAUGGGACAUUGUUAUUAGUUAACCAAACACUUAAUGCUGGCUAUACAAUUGUACCAUGAUACUAUUAGUAUGCUUGUGUUUUAAAUAUAGAAUGUGCCAUAGAAAUAUUGGUGCAUUCAUCUUGAUUAUGGUUGCUGUAUAUAACUAGUUUUAUAGUUUACUGACGUGUACAUGCUAUAGUUAUAUAUAUUUAUAUCUAUAUGGCAUAAAAAGUAUCUGUUAUGGUUUAUUGGUGUAUACAUGCUAUGGUUGAUAUCAUAAGUUAAAUGUUCAUGUAUAUAUAUGGUAUAAAAAGACUCUGUCAUGGUUAAUGGUGUGAACACGCUAUGGUUGAUAUGUUGUUUAUACAUUGUACAUGUAUAUAUGUAAGCUUUAUAUACAUGUAUAUGGUGCUUGCAAAUAAAAACUAUGUUAUGGUUUAUGAGUGUAUACAUGCAAUGGUUCAUAUCAUAUAUGUUACAUGUACAUACAUAUAUAUAUGGUAUUAAAAGACUGUUCCGGUUUAAAAUGUUAUGUUAAAUAUAUAUAUAUGUUAUAUAUAUAUAUAUAUAGUAUGAAGAGACGACUGUGAUAUCUGGUGAAUUGGUGCAUGCAUGCACAAUAAAUAAUUUCAUGAACAUUUCAGUAUAUAACUUAUAGGACUGCGAUUGUUGGUGCAACAUUAUUAUAUAGACCAGACAGAAAAAAAUCUCAUUAUAAACAUUAUAACUAUCAGACUAAUUUUACACAAAUGUGUGCUACUCAUAUCUUUCAUUCAAGAAUAAAUUGGAUUUUUUGUAAAAUGUAUAAAAAGUGAACUUUUUGGUCCGAAAUUGUUACUCACAAUUCUCUUCUACAAAACGGAAUUGAUAUUUUGAAGUAAGAAUUAAUCGUAUCAUGAUAAAUAUUAAAUUAUGAACCGUUCAACAUAAGCAUGACUGUCAUACAAAAUAUACAUGACGAUUUAAGUUUCAUUAAUUAAUGAAAUAAGCUAUCAAGCGAUUGAAAGUCUGAGGAGACGUAUACACAGCCAUUUUGAUUUAUGAUUAAAAAACAACAAUUUCUUAUUUUUAGAGUUUCCAUUUUGUCUUUCUUCGUUUUUGUUUCUUUUUUCUUGUUUUUACUUUAUCUUAGUUGAUUUUAAAUAAACAUAUUUUUUUUAUUAAAACCUUAUAAAACUUCACAUAGCAGAUGUCAAAUGUCAAUCCUAAUAUAUGAUUGAAAUGUAGAAUUUGAUUUAUGUAAAUGUAUUGUUUAAUUGUAAUGUAUGACCAACAUUUAAAGCAUACCUCACUGACAAAUAGAACAACGCAUUAUACCUGCUGAUACGUUUGGAAUUUUGUAUUACAUUUUCAGUAUUGAGUUAAACGGAAAACAUCAUUUACUUAGAAUCGUUUAAGAUCAGAUAAUUUUUUAAACGGUUUCAAUUGAACUAGUAGUGGAACAACCCCAUGACAAUCUAGGCAAAACACUGCAACGAGAUCAUGAUGUAUAAAUAUAUUUUGGAAAUUUUUACAAUAUAUUUAUUUUCAAAGUAUCUGCGUUUUUGGUAAGAUUGAUAAGUGUUUGCUUGCUUAAUGUCCAUCAGUAUUUUGGAGAAAAAAAAAUUAUAUCAUUAUCACGUGACAAUAUAAAAAAUAAAAAUGUUGUGUGCUUUACAUAAAAAAAUAUUUAAAUGAAAAUACGAUUUACCUCCCCUGCAGCCAACUACAGUAACGUGUGUGCUUUCAGAGGUUUUCAUCCGUGUGUUAAGUACUUUAAAGGUUUCAAUGUUUCCAAAUAUAUUUUAUUUGAAUACAUGAGGGUCUGGAUAGGGGGGGGGGGGGUCCUUCAUUUCUGUAUUCUUUAAUUUUUUAUGUCAUUUUAUCUAUUAUUUAUAUUUUUUGCCCAUUAUUCUCUAUUCUAUAUAUUUUAGCUGCUCAAUUUUUUCUAUUCUUUAUUAUUUCUGCCCAUUAUUCUCUAAUCUUUAAACUCCAAUCCACACCCUCAUACAUGUACGCUUCUAGCUUAACGUAACUAAUGGUGUCAAGCAAAAUAUGCAUAAUGUUGUAGGGUAAUUAAUCUGGGUUACUUCGCUAAUUCAGUAUUUGGAUAUGCAAUUAACUAUUAUUUUUGUCUGGUGUACAGUGGUGGCGUUACGUUGACUGAAACUUAAUUGAAACUGCCAUAGAUUAAUAAAGAUCAGUCAAUGUAACAUAUACAUGAAAAUGUAGAGAUGCCAUAAAAUUGCCUGUUUUGGAUAAUUCUUUAAGCAUAUAUUCUACUAUAUCCAUACCACAAUUGAUCACAUGAUGAAUGAAAAGACCAGGCUCUAACCACCCCUAUUCGAUAGUAAAAUGUCAAUUUAAGAACAACAAAGCAUACCUUUAGUAUGAAUAAAAGGAGGUAUGGGCUAAAUGUCAACCAGACGACAACUCAAUGACACAAAUAACCAUAAUAAGAAAGUUGUCUUUACACUUAUACCAAGUUCUAAACAGUUCCUAGUCUAACACACCUAUCUCUGGUCGUGUUACAGAGUUAAACUAGUUUUUAGAUUUACUUAAAUACGAAACAAUGAUAUCAAUUUAAACUAUAUUAUACCGUAUCAUAGUUCCUGACAGUGUAUACUGCGCGAGAAAACCUGUAUCAUACGUCUUGAGGUUUUUUUUUGCGGGGGGGGGGGGGGUAGGGAGGAGAUAAAUCCUGACUAUAGUCUCGUUAUAUUACUUCUUGUAUUCACAUAUAACUUACAGUGUGUGUUAAGUCUAGACUAAAAUAUAUGAUAAGUUAUAUGUUUAGUAAGGCGAUGUUUGCUUUUGUUCUUAAAUCCUGGUCUUUGUAGCGGUCACGUGAUCAAUUGAACUUGCUUGUCGUCUGUCGCUGUGAAUUACUUUACCGAGAAAGAUGACAUUAGACAACAGUAACUGUUGUUCAUAAACAAUUUAUUUUGUAGUACAGGAUCAUUUUCGUUUUUUCUUUUUAUAAUAUAGAUUUUUAAUGACAUUUGUAUUAAGUUUAUAACUUCUCCAUCAACAUUCAUGAAAUACUGUAAAAAAAACGUCUAUAACGGACGUUUCAAAUGAUCAUGUUUAAAUUUAUUUAUCAUUAUCUAAUUUGCAUGUUUCCUUUUAAUUUCUUUUGUAGGCUCGAAUAUUUUUAUUUAUAAAGUUUUGCAUUCCACUUUUGUUGAAGCUUGUUUUAUAUUAUAGAAUAUAUCCUAAAUGGAAUUUUAUUGAAUCUUAAGAAUUUAUCAUUUUUAUUCGCUUAUUGUUCAAAAAUAUAUUUCCCAUGUUGUUACAGCCUAAAUAAAUUAUAAUUUUUGAA